AAGCGGAAGUGGUGGGCAGUGGGCCGGAUCUGGGGCGUCCGUGCUGAUUCCCAUGGCGGCGGAGCACGAUUCGGACUCCGUUGAGCCUCCUGAGUCGGAGGCGCUCCUGGACGCCGUGCUACGGACCCUCUACGACCUGGGAGAGACGGAAAGUGAAACAGAGCAGAAAAGGAUCAGAAAGAAGAAAGCAAAGAAGAGAGACUCGGAGACGAUAGAAGAUGUGGCAGCAGAGCCGCUUCCCCUGCCUGGAUCUCCUGUACCAGGCCACAAGAAGAGUGCUUCCAGCUUUUUCCAGAAGCUCAGAGAAGAACUGCAGUCUGCUCCCGCUGCCCCUUCAGAAGUCCCUGUCACUACUGCAGUCUCCCUCUCUCCCCCAAAGAACGGCAGCAAGCUAGUGGAAGUGGUAGAGUUUCAAAGCAAAAGUAAGAAGAGAAAACUAAAGUCAGAUGAAGAUGAGCCGGCAAAGAAUAAAACAAAGGUCCUUGAAAAAGAGGUGGAUAUUCAGGAGUUUAACCUAGAGAAGGCUCGUCUGGAAGUACACCGCUUUGGGAUCACGGGCUAUGGCAAAGGAAAAGAAAGAGUCCUGGAGCGAGAGCGGGCUAUCAUGCUGGGGGCUAAGCCUCCCAAGAACACUUAUGUGAACUACAAGGUUUUGCAGAAACAAAUCAAAGAGAAGAAGAUCGCAGUGGAAGAAGAAAAGAGAGCGGCCCGGGAGACAGACAUUUUCAAGAAAAAGAAGAAGAAAGGGAGAGGGCAGGAGGACAGGAGAUCCAAGAAGUCGGCUCCCAGCAUCUUGUCAAGUGGACAAGUUGGACAAGUUGGAAAAUUCAGAAAUGGAACAUUGAUUCUAAGCCCCACUGAUAUCAAGAAAAUCAACUCUUCCAGGGUAGCUAAAUGAAGUCCUUGUCAGCUCCAGAGAGGAGCAGGAACAGUGGCAGUGCGUGGGACACAGGACCCGUGAACCCUGUGCCUGCCCUUUCUUGUUCCACAGGGUCUUUGUCAUUUGAACAGUGAGUUUGGAGGCUGGCGGUGGCCCUGCUGAGCGCUGGGCUCCCCUCCCCCGUGCUGCAGAGGGGGAUGCACACACAUGGCUACCUGUGCAUACAGCAGGCAGUGGCCCUGCUGAGUGCUGGGCUGUGCGGGCUCCCCUCCUGUUGCAGGUUGCUGGUGUCAGCACAUUGGUCACAGUCCACUGUUUCAUAAUGUUAUUGUCUCUAAGUGUCUGUGAAUGACACUGAAGUGCCUUUUGGAUUCGUGAAGACACUGAGCGCACUUGUUAUCCACUGGUUCUGUGGGAAAGCGGUUCUGUUGUCAGCCUGCCACGAGUGUAAAUCCACUUUGUAAGGAUUUCUAAAAAUACACCUCUAUAGUAUGA